GCGCGCGGCUUGUCGGCAGUGCCGGCCAACCGAGGCGGGGCGUGGGCGGGGCGUCAGACGGCGCGGAACGGCCAGGCCGUCGGUCGGAGGCGCAGGGCAAUCGCCGUCCAUCCUGAAGAGUCAUGUCUGUCCAGGACGCCCGUCCGAACCACACCAUCUACAUCAAUAAUCUGAACGAGAAGAUUAAAAAAGAUGAGCUGAAGAAGUCGCUCUAUGCCAUCUUCUCCCAGUUUGGUCAGAUUCUGGACAUCCUUGUCUCCAGGAACCUAAAGAUGCGGGGGCAAGCCUUUGUCAUUUUCAAGGAAGUCAGCAGCGCUACCAAUGCCUUGAGGUCUAUGCAAGGGUUUCCGUUCUAUGACAAGCCGAUGCGGAUCCAAUAUGCAAAGACUGAUUCCGAUAUCAUUGCCAAGAUGAAGGGCACCUACGUAGAACGUGACCGGAAGAAGGAAAAGAGGAAGGUGAAAGCUCCUGAACCUUCAGCCAACAAGAAGGCAAAUGCCCCACCAACAGCCAAUGCUGUUCCCCCUCCUGUCUCAGGCAUGCCAAUGAUGAGCCAGGCUCCACGGAUGAUGCCAAUGUCGGGACAGCCUCCUUACAUGCCACCACCUGGGAUGAUGCCUCCACCUGGGAUGGCGCCUGGCCAGAUGCCACCAGGUUCCAUUCCUCCUGGCCAAAUGAUGCCUGGCCAGAUGCCACCGCCUGCUCAGACGGUGUCUGAAAAUCCACCCAAUCACAUCCUCUUCCUGACCAACCUGCCUGAAGAGACUAAUGAGCUGAUGCUCUCCAUGCUUUUCAAUCAGUUCCCUGGGUUUAAAGAAGUCCGGCUGGUUCCAGGUCGCCACGACAUCGCCUUUGUGGAGUUCGACAACGAGGUCCAGGCUGGUGCAGCACGUGAUGCCUUGCAGGGAUUCAAGAUCACACAGUCGAAUGCAAUGAAGAUCUCCUUUGCAAAGAAAUGAAGGUUCGAGAGGAUCGAACUGAUUAAUUUUGGCUUUGCUUUCAAAGCCCUUUCCUGUUUUUUUAAUAUAAAUAGUACAGUAAUUGGUUUGUGUGUUAGACUCCUGUUCGGGUGCGUCAGGUAAGUGAGGCUGAAGAGCCCCUUGGGUUCACCUUGCUCCUUGGGAGAUCAUAGCUGGCCCAACGGACUCUCCACAAGAGUUCCAGUGUCAUGUGGGCCCCUGUGACUGUGGCCACCUCCUCCUCCAGUGGAGUUGAGUGUAUAGUCAGAGGACUGUGCAGAUUCUCUUGUGGAUGUUGUAUCCUCGGCCACGUACAUCAACCUGAAUCAGUCCACUCUUUUCCAGUAAUGUCCAGAAACAGCUAACAGCCUUAACCAUGUCUGAAGGAACUCAAUGAAGCUUCCUCUGCCCUUGGUUUCUUUGCGUUUGUGUGCCCUGUUAUGGCUGCAGCUUUGAAUGAAUGAAUGUCUGUGUCUGACUGACUGAGGCAAAGUUUGUUUAACUACAUCAAGAAAGCUGUUCACCCAGAGUCUCAGUGACAUUGCACCUGGAGCUUUCCAAAAGAAGUAUUAAAAGGUUUUUUUAAAUAA